UCCUAAUUGUUUAUGGCCGAUAUCAACAUAUCUCGAUAUGUUAUGUGAGUCUUUGUAUUUACCACCCCCAUGGAUGAAACUGGUUGAUAAUUUUCACAACAUAUGUUGCCUGGUGAACUAAACUAUCUUUCAUGAAUGCAUAUAAACUAUUUUAAUUUUCGUCACUGUUCUAUGUCAAUAUUUUCAAGGAGAAAGGAAGCUCUAUACAUCAGUAUAGUACGUUCUGCUCGAUUGCUUAUUGUUCUAUAUUUAUUCAUAACGAAGACAGGAUGUGCAAAAGGUAUAAUUAUAAACAAAUGUAAAAUGAGCAAGCAAGUGUGAAUCAUUAUCAGCGAGAAAGUUGCCUAUCUGAUCAAUCGUCAUUGCCUGGAAAUCAAGAAAGAUUGACAGAAUGGCAAACGAUACUUUAGCAUCAAAAGCUACCGAGUUGUUUAAUCUUUGUGACCAUGAAAAUAAAGGAUACAUUACAGAAAGGGACCUUAGUAUGGUUGUUGAAGAACUUGGUCUAUCUUUGACACAAGAACAAAUUACGCUUACCUUCGUUAAAUUAGAUAAAGAUGGCAAUAAUCAUCUGACUUUGGCUGAGUUUAUCUCAGGUUUUGACUUAUUUCUGGGUGCCGAACGAUCAGAUACAAAUUUCAAUACUUUAGAUUACUCAAAAGGGCAUCAGUUAUUUAACAUCUGUGAUCGCGAACUUAAAGGAUUCAUAACAAAAUCAGACUUGGAGCGCCUGUCUGAUGAGUUUCAACUUACCAAAGAACAACUUGGCGAUUUGUUUGAAAGCUUGGACCUUGAUGGUAAUGGUCGUUUAACGUUAGAGGAGUUUGUUGCGGGUUUCGGUAAAUUUCUUGAUUUGAACGAUACUCGUGAUGACGAGACCGUAGGAACGGUGCUAAGUCCUGUUGAAAAUGAAAAUACUUAUGAGAGCGAUGGAAACUUUUCGAUAAACUCUCCAAUGCUCGCUGAAAGUAUGUUUGAGGAGAUUACUGAGAAGAUCGGCAAUGACUUUUUAUACGGAGUUUUGUCAAAAGACCAAUUGCUUGAACUGUGGAGAGCGAUUUCUUCAAAUGAAAUAGUUGGAUUUGAAAAACUAACCGAAUUUUUGAGCAAAGUUUCUCAAGAAAUUAAAAGAUCUCAUGCACAGGCGAAAAAUGUUGAGGAGACAUUAAAAGGACAAGUUGAGGCACGCGAAUAUGAGAUUCAAAAACUUUACGAAAAGAUGGAUGACCAGCUACAAGAGGAACGCAUGGACAUGAGCUCACAUCACGAGAAACUAGAGAAAGCGAUAAGAGAAGAAUUUCAAACUGAAAUGGCGAUGAAAGAAAAGGAACUUCAGGAGUUGUUAGAUCAACAGAAAGAACUUGAAGAGAAGAUACAUCAUCUAAAUCGUGUUGAUGCCGACGUUAGGGAAGAAAAUUCCAGAUUGCACGAGGCUAAUAUACAACUUCAAAAUGAACUUGACGAGUCCAGCAGUAGUUUGGAAAAUACAAAAUCAUACGUUCAACAUUUACAAUCUUUGACGAAUGAAGAAAGGCAAGAACGACAAAGAACGGCCAUGACGAUAGCUCAAGGAAUGCAAAAAGAACAAGAAAGUCUUAUGAAGCAACUUGACAUGUUAAAGGAGAUGAAUCAGAAAUUGAUUGAUCAAAAAGACGUUAUUGAAGCAGAACACGAGGCAAACUCUCCUGCAAAAAAGCAUAAAGUGGUUACUCGGAAAGACUCGUAUAUGUCCCAGUAUUUCGAUGUCUUUGAUCGAAACGAGGAAGUGAGAAGACGGAAAUCUACACUGGAAUCGGUAAAUGAAUCGACAGAGAAUAUUUUCAGCCCCACACCAGCGCAAAGCAAAUUAUCGCGAAAGUUUGGUGUUCCCCUUAAAUACCAAUCAUCGUUCAGUGUCUCCAGCAAUGACGGUGUGUUGGAAGAUGAAUGUGAAUAUGAAGGUGAAUGCAUCUUCCCACAUGGAGAAAUAAUUGAGUCGGUGGAGUGGAAACAAGGAAAUCAGGAAACAAUGAAAGUGUCCACAGAAAAAAUUGACAUGGCGGAAAGAUCCAAAAUUGAACAGGAAUUCCGUCGACAUAAACCUGCUCUCGUUAAUUCCACUGAAAAUAAACAAAGUUACCAUAAUGAAACAUCAAAAGACGAAGAACAAGCCAAGUUUCAAAGUAAAACAUCCGAAGUGUCAAUGGAAGAUUUGGACCAAGGAGAUGGUAGGAAGAAUAACAUACCUUUGUCACCAAGAACAUCGCCUGUUGGUACUGAUACUGAAAUUCAAGCUGAGGAGCCUAAGAAGGUUCAACUGAAUGCUGGUGGCUCAAAUAUUCAGCGCAUUUAUAAAAUUGUCUUUGUUGGCGAUUCUGGUGUUGGAAAGUCGAGUUUUAUUCACAGAUACUGCUACGAAAUAUGGAAACCGUCUUAUACUGCUACAAUAGGGGUCGACUUUCAAGUGAAGUCUCUUCAACUUGGUUUGAAGACUCUGGCGCUACAGUUGUGGGACACUGCUGGUCAGGAAAGAUUCCGUAGCAUCACUAAACAAUAUUUUCGGAAAGCCGAUGGCGUUGUGCUGCUUUAUGAUCUUAGUUCAGAGUCAUCUUUCAUUAACAUUAAAAGUUGGAUGACAAGUGUUGAAGAGGCAGCAGACUCCGGUUGUACAGUUUUGCUUAUUGGAAAUAAGUUAGAUCUUUGUGAAGAGAAUCACAAAUAUCGAGCUGUGUCAUAUAAAAAUGCUGAAGCGUUAGCAAAGGACUAUGGGUGUCUGUAUACCGAGGCUAGCGCGAAAUCCGGUGAAAAUGUUAAUGAAGCAAUGGAAAUUUUAGCAAGGCGACUUCAAGAUCAGGAAGACUGGGAACUACAUAAAGCACUUAAUGAACGAAGCUUAAGACUGGACGGUGUAGCAAAGAAAGGCAAAUGUUGCGGCGGCAAAUAGUUUUCAAGAAAUAGACAACGUUAGAUCGUCAUCUCCUGCGACUCCUCAGUUUAAGGUCACCAUGAUCCCUUCAUCUCAGGCUUUUUAAAUAUUAUUUACCUGACACAGAGAAAUCCUUAAAGAAAAGUUAAUAAUUUUUACUGCAACAUCACAAACUAUAAGGAGGUUCUACUCAAAUUGGCCAUUUUGUACAAGUCAUGUCUUAUGUAACUUACAUCAUUUAACAGAAUUGAGUAUUUCAUUUUAACAAUAAAAAACAACAACCAGGGAGCUUUUAUAUGUCCUUUGAGAAUCUUGAUGGCAAAAAGAAAAGACAAUCUUAACUUAUGUUGAAAAUGUAACUAUUUAAACUAUUUUUUAUGUUUUUCAUUUAAUUCAUUGAUAUUUUAUGCCGUA